GCGGCGGCGGCGGGGCGCUGCCGGAGCCCGCUCCGCCGGGCCAUGGCCAGCACCGGCUCCGCGCCCGGGGGCGCGGGCCCGGGCUCGGGCACGGCGCUGCCCACCCGCUUCCAGGAGACAGAGAAGCUGCUGUCGGCCACGGAGGGCCGGGAGGAGAAGGGCCUCCGCGGCUCCAAAUCCUUCACGGCAGCCUUGCCCGGCGAGACGGAGCGCAACGGGCACGGGCUCGGCUACAAGUCGGUGUCGGUCGGGCACCUGGAGGCGCCGCCGCUGUCGCCGUCCCGGCUGAGCCUGGGCAGAGCCUCGUCCACGGCCACCAGCACGGCGGCCCCGGAGCAGGGCCGCCCUCGGGACUACCUGGUGCUCGCCAUCUUCUCGUGCUUCUGCCCCGUCUGGCCCAUCAACAUCGUGGCCCUCGUCUUCUCCAUCAUGUCGAGGAACAGUGGCCAGCAAGGGGACACGGACGGCGCCCGGCGGCUCGGACGCAUGGCCAGGCUGCUCAGCAUCGUCUCCAUCGUGCUGGGGACCAUCAUCAUCGUGCUCUACAUUUCACUCAGCGUCAGAGUUUCCUAGAAGACGUUUCAGCAUGCAAAUACCUUGAAGAGGAGGAAGACAACUUUCCUUUUGGGGUUUUUACUUUCAGCCUUGCAACAAAACAAAAAAUUGUCACAGUGUAGGUGGGCAGCCCUAGACAGUCUGCUCUGGAGCGCCGUCGGAAGGAACGCAUGCUUCGAUUCACCGCCUUUGGGAAUGAGCCUGUGCGAGGGAUGGGAUAAAAAUCACCCUGAGUAGCAAUGGGAGAGGCCACACGGAGAGGAGAAGGGGGAAAUCCACUACCUCAUUCCCCUCCAGCAGAACUCACGGAGUGGGGAGACAACUAAAGUGCAAGAGGAGGAGAGAGUCUCCAGAAGGAAGCUGGUUUUGGAAGGAAAAUACAAGGCGAGAACGGGACGUUUUGAGGAGUCCUCCUGAGAAUUCUGGCACAAGUCACUUGAUUUUUGGGGGGUUGUUGGUUUUUAAAUCGUCAAAUUCUCUGUCUCUACAAAAAAACAAAAGAAAACAAAACAAAGCUCAAACUGCCAUCAGGAGCUGAGAGCUGUUCCACGGAGGAGGAGGGAGAGUGGAGCUGCAGCAGGACCACGGCUCUGCUCCGAACGAAACGCAGCCGCCAAAGCUGGAGGAUGUGGUGGGUGCUUUUGUAUUUUUGAUGAAAAAAAAAAAAGAAAAAAAAAAAAAAAAGAAAAAAAAAAGAGACAA